UUUAGCAUUUUGUACUUUCGCAUUUUGUUGAAAAACUCCAAAAGUAUCCUGUAUUUCAUUGCCAAACGGACCUGUGUCUUUUUCUACCCCAUCAAGCUGUCUACCGUAAUAAAAAUGAAGCUGAUCGACUCGGUCGUUCGAAGCUUCAAGGUCGCUAAAGUGUUCCGCGAAAACACGGACAAGAUCAACGCGAUUGACUUUUCCUCCAAUGGGGAAAUGCUAAUUAGCUGCAGCGAGGAUGAUCAAAUUGUGCUGUACGAUUGCGAAAAGGGAACUCAGAUUCGAACGGUGAACUCGAAAAAGUACGGCGUUGAUUUGAUUCAUUUCACCCACGCAAACAACACGGCCAUUCACAGCUCUACCAAGGUAGACGACACAAUCCGGUACCUUAGCCUGCACGACAACAAAUAUCUGCGCUACUUUCCGGGUCACACGAAAAAAGUUAUUUCCCUGAACAUAUCACCCGUGGAGGACACUUUCCUAUCCGGUUCGCUAGAUAAAACGUUGCGCCUGUGGGAUCUACGGUCGCCGAAUUGCCAAGGCGUGAUGCACCUGAAUGGGCGGCCAGUGGCCGCAUAUGAUCCAGAGGGGCUUAUUUUUGCUGCCGGUGUGAAUUCGGAAAGCAUUAAACUGUACGAUCUGCGAUCGUUCGAUAAGGGACCAUUUGUGACGUUUAAACUGAAUCAGGAAAAGGAGUGUGACUGGACGGGUUUAAAAUUCUCUCGGGACGGAAAGACUAUCUUGAUCAGUACGAACGGCUCUAUUAUUCGACUGAUUGACGCCUUCCACGGAACACCACUGCAGACUUUUACCGGGCAUUUAAACAACAAAGGUGUACCGAUAGAGGCUUCCUUCAGCCCUGAUUCACAAUUCAUCUUUUCGGGAAGCACCGACGGACGGGUGCACGUGUGGAAUGCCGAUACCGGGUACAAAAUUUGCGUCCUCAACGGUGACCACCCGGGCCCGAUUCAAUGUGUGCAGUUCAAUCCGAAAUACAUGAUGCUAGCUUCGGCCUGCACCAACAUGGCAUUCUGGCUACCAACGUCCGAGGAUGCCUAGUGUAGCAAGCUUCUUUUGUAAUAAUCCCAUUGGGAGAAGAUAAUUAACGUGGAAAUCAACUAUUUUUAGUUAAAUGGUUAAUUUAUAGCUAUUGAUAAGGAAAAAUAAACGUUUCU